GCGAAGAAAAAGCUUUGGCAUGUUGAAAAUAUGCUUAAAGCAUUCUUAGAAGUCUUCGGCUGGCAUAGCAACGCUUUUAUAUUUUUAUGACUUUUAUUUUCAUACAAUUAUUGGUUCAAAACGAAUGCUCAAAUGCCAUUCUCUUCGUGACAUCGCAUACUAAAAAAUGCUUCCUUCGGUGAAACGUUCUGAAAUAAUUUGUGUGAAUAAUUUGGAAAAAAUGUCAGCUCGAAGAACGUCUAAUAACGGACGUAAUUGCAUUGAUGUAUCACCUUACGGAAGUCGCAGAGGGAGUAAGGAUAAACCGACCGAUCAACAUGCCUCAAGAGAUGGUACUCGUAGUUUCACGUAUUCUGCAAAACAUGCGCCAGUGUAUCCGCUACUAUGGCCUAAAACGGAAUAUUCACGGUUGCAAACUAAAGCAAAGCUUAAAACUUUGGAUGAUAAAUUGAACGAAUUCAAAUUGAAUGAAUUGGAAAAAAAGAACCUUUUGGAAGCAUCCGACAAACGUAAGAAACAUCUUCAAGAAAUAGAUCGUGAACGUCAAUCCAAUAGUGGAGUGCUUGGGAAUGUCUUCAAUGAAAUAGUUGAACACGAUAAAGAUUUAACAUCGCGAAAGAUUAUCGACAGGGCAUUUGUAGCGAAGCAGGAACAGGAGGAGGAAGUUAAACGAGCAAAUAGAAUUAUUUUAGCGGCAAAAUGUCAUAUAAUAAGAGACGCGCAAAUUGCAGAAAAACAAGAAAUAGAACGUGAACUAAGAGCUGAAGAACUACGAUUGGAGAGAAUAAUGUUGGAUGAAAAUGAGAAAGCAUUGAAGGAAGAAGAGCAAAAAGCUUAUUUAGAUAAACAACGCAUCACCCAACACUCCGAAGAAAUUCGGAACCAAUUGUUAGAAAAAGAAAAGAUGAAACUUAAGGAAGCGGAAAGAAUCGAGGAGGAAGCCCGUGUCUUGAAGCAUGCACAACUUGCCAUAGUUGCAGAAGAACAACGCAAAGAGAAGGAGAAAAUAGAUAAAAUUAAUGCGAUUCGAGACGAUCUGAAAAAAGCGUAUGAGCUAUCAGCUUACUACAAACAAUUGGAAUUCGAAGAACAAAGAAUAGCAGAGUUAAAAGUACAAGAGUACACAAGGCAACGUAACGAGCGUCAAGCAAAACUUGAAUUCGAGAAAAAAAUUGCCACCGAUGUCAAAGAACGUGAACAAGAACGUAUGCUCAAAAUUCAACAAAAAUUGAUGGACACAAAAUCAGCGAAAACAGACAUGGAUUUACGCAGAGGGCAAGAGCAUGUUGAACGUGAAUUUCGGAAACGUGAGAAAGAUGCUGUAAUCAAAAAGCGUGAACUAGAAAAACAAAUAGCCAAUGCUCGUGCCGCGCAAUUGGAAGCAGUUAAAACAGAACGUGCAAUGCAAAUCGCUCGAGAUGAAAUGGAUCACAGAAAAGCCGUUGAGCAAUUAAAACAUGAAGAACAGAAAGAGACAGACAAUGUACAUAAAUUGCUUCAGCUUCGAGAAAAAUACCGUGAAGAAAUUAUACGUCAAAUAAAUCAGAAGGAACAGGAACGUCGCGAGAAGGAACGCUGCUUGAAGAAAGAACAUUCUAUGAUGCAAGAUUUGACGAAAAAACGCGAAAUGAACAUCAAGUCUACGAUUGCCAACAAGAUAAAAAUUAUGAAGGAAAGUAAAGUUCCAGAACGCUUCAUAAAAGACGUGGAGAGACAACUAGAAUCUAUUAGAACGGAAUAAUCAUUGUGCUGUUCCGUCAGUAAUAAAUGUGGUUUAAAUAUAUUCAGAUAUUCAAUGUAUGCAACUAAU